AGAAACUUACUAUUCCACCAGCAAUUAAAGGUCGCAUGGAUAUUAUUGGAGCUGCAGAAACAGGCAGUGGAAAGACUCUUGCCUUCGGAAUACCUAUCAUUCAUGGAAUUUUGCUUGACAAAGAGCGAGAGGCUGAUGGUAACGACAGUGGCUUGGAGAGUAGUGACGAUGAGGAGGGAAUAGAGUAUGGAGAAUUGCCAGCCAUGGGGAUGAAUGUAGAAGAAAUUGGAAACAACAAAGGGAAUGUAAUGGAUGAGACAGAGAUAGAGGGUUUUGAUGUUCCCAUUGGGGAUAAUGCCAUUGAAGUUUUAGAUCCUUCAAGCUUUGACUUCGAGGGCAAUGACAUGGAAGACAGGGAGAAGGAAGUUGAGUUAGAGGAUGAGAUUGGGGAUGAGGAGGAGGAUGAUGAGGACAAGGAUGAGGAUGAGGAUGAGGAUGAGGAUGAGGAUGAGGAUGGGGAUAAGGAUGAUGAUGAUGGUGAAGAGGAGGAGGAGGAGGAGGAAGAUGACAUUGAGGACAAUGUUUCAGUAGAUGAAGAGGGUGUUGAGGUUUUAGAUCCUUCAGCCUUAUAUUUAAAUGGAGAAGACUUGGAAGACAGUGAAGAAGAGGGUGUACCUGAAGAAUUAGAUUUUGAAAGUGAGGAGGAAAUGCAGGGUCCAUUUGAGUUACAAGAAGAAGGAGAAUCUGAUGAUAUGCCAGUAGAAGAUGAGGAGAUGGGAAAUCAAGGUUUUGGUUGUGUCAGGGUUAUUAAAGAUGUUAAAUUUGACUUUCUGAAUGAGGACAAGGUUCAGAAAUAUCCUCGGAGGAAGCUCCGUGCUCUAAUCAUUACACCCACAAGAGAACUUGCAGUUCAGAUAAACAGUCACCUCUUAGCAGUGCUAGUCAACACAGAUAUCAAGACAGCAGUGGUUGUAGGUGGCAUGUCAUCUCAGAAGCAGGAACGUGUCUUGGCUCGUGGACCAGAUAUUGUUAUAGGCACACCAGGACGCCUGUGGGAGCUCUUGCAACAGGGCAACCAUCACCUCUGUCAGCUCCCAUAUAUUAGGUACCUGGCUAUUGACGAGACGGACCGCAUGGUGGAGCGUGGCCACUUUCAGGAGUUAACCAAACUGUUAGAAGUGAUUAACAGUGAGGAGUCAGCCAAGGAAAAGCGGCAGACUUUCGUGUUCUCAGCCACACUGACAAUGAUCCAUGCACUUCCAAAGAGAAUGAAUUUCAAGAAAAAGGUAGUUGAAAUGACAUCUGAAAUAAAGAUUGAAAAUUUGGUGAGGAUGAUCGGCAUCAAGAAAAAUCGGAAGGUUGUUGAUGUUACUCGGACAUUUGGCACAGCAGAGAGUCUAACUGAAGCCAAAAUCUUCUGUGACAAGGAAGAGAAGGAUUACUAUCUCUAUUACCUCCUCAAGCAAUAUCCAGGACGUACCCUAGUCUUCUGCAACAGCAUUGCCUGUGUACGAAGGCUUAAUAAUCUCUUCAACAUUCUUCAGUGUCAUCCACAGCCCCUUCAUGCUUCAAUGCCACAAAAACAAAGGUUAAAAAGUCUUGAAAGAUUUUCAUCAAAUCCUCGGGCUCUCCUACUGGCGACUGAUGUUGCUGCACGUGGAUUAGAUAUUCCCAAUAUUCAACAUGUAAUUCAUUAUCAAGUUCCAAGGACAGCAGAGACAUAUGUGCAUCGCAGUGGACGUACGGCCCGUGCAACACAGGAGGGAUUGAGUAUACUUUUUAUUGAUUCAAGUGAAAUAAGCAAGUAUCACCAGCUGUGCAGAACACUCAACAGAGAGACUGAGCUGCCUCCUUUCCCCACUGAUACAUGCAUCAUGAAGCAGGUCAGGGAGAGGGUCAACUUUGCUUGCACUUUGGAGAAAAAGGAACACACUACUCGUAAACAGAAUGUUGAGGAAGACUGGUGGAAGAAGAUGGCAAAGGAAGCAAUGUUAGAUCUUGAGGAGGAGGAAUAUGAUGAGGACUUUGACAGAGAGAAGAAAAUGAAGGCAGCCCAAAAUAAAAGAGAAAUCAAUGCAAUGAGAGCACACAUGAUGCAGAUGCUGAAAAAGCCUCUGUUGUCCUCCAACUUCUCGAGCAGAUACCCAACCCAGUCGGGAACCCUCGUGAACCCGUUCCAAAGUGCCCAAGAUUUAGAGAACUCGGUUGGAUCUGUCAGCACGAACAACAAAGCCAUAAAUCAUGUGAAGAAAGAAUCAAAAGAUUUCUCAAAGCUUGUGAAAACUGUUAAGAUAAAACCUCCACUAUCUAGAACUAGUAAGAAGAAGAUGAAAGGAUUUGAGAAGAGGAAAUUGAGACGGGAGCAAGAGAAGAAGAGGUUUUUGAAAGAGAGAGAAGCAGAGAGGAGAGGAGAAAUGUAGAAUUCUUGAAAUAUAUUUUGCUUCCCAUUGUUGACAUACAUA